AUGUCGGGAAACUAUGACUCUUGGGAAGAUGCGGCAGCACAGGAUGAGGAACUUAAUAGACAGACACAAAAUAUGAACAUUGGAGCAAAUACCUUCCGGCCAGGCGCUUCGUCCUUUCAACCAGGCGCGUCCAAUUUUACACCUGGUCAACAAUACCAGCAGUACAACGGCUAUCAGCAACAAUAUGCUGGUUAUGGUCAGCAGCCGCAGCAAGGAUAUGGACAGUAUCAGCAAUACCCUCAGCAGGGUUUCAACCAGUACCAGCAAUAUCAGCAGCAACAACCUCGACAGAACAAUAAUGCCCAGUUCGCCGCCUUCAAUCAAGCUCCUGGGCAAUUUCAACCGAAACAGGGAGCGCCAAUAAGUAUCGCUAAGAGAGGUGCUGCUGACUCAAGUGCCACGCCUACAUCCACCGCCGCGAAGUCUGCUGCUGCUCCAGCUCCAGCUGCAAAGCCAGAUACAGCCGCACCACCGAAGGCUAAGGUCCUGUCUAUAGGUGUGCCUGCACCUCUCAAGGCUGCAGAGAAGAAGGUCGAUUCUCCGACUGCAAAGACUGCGCCUUCAGAAGAUAAAGCUGCUGAUGCCGCCCAAACACCUGCUGAGACAGGGGCCAAGGUUGCAGCGGCAAAAGCUGUAGAAAAGACUGGUGACAAAAUAUCUGGGAAGACGACACCUCCUUCGAAGACUAGCGGCAAGGCCUCGCCUACUCCAGCAGAAACUAAAAAGAAGGUCGAUGCGGAUGCUAUUGCUCAAGCACAAACCGCAGAUGUCGACUCUUCUGUGCUGGAGGAGAUGUACGGAAAAGAACACGUGAAUAUCAUCUUUAUAGGUCAUGUUGAUGCAGGUAAAUCGACACUGGGUGGACAAGUUUUAAUUCAAACCGGUAUGGUUGAUGAGCGGACACUGGACAAAUACAAAAGAGAAGCCAAGGACGCGGGAAGAGAAACGUGGUACAUCUCGUGGGUCAUGGAUCUCAACACCGAAGAACGUGCAAAAGGCAAAACUAUCGAGGUCGGCAGAGGCUUCUUUGAGACUGAGAAGCGUCGAUACACUAUCCUUGACGCUCCAGGUCAUAAGACUUAUGUUCCCAAUAUGCUAAGUGGUGCAGCUCAGGCCGAUGUUGCUAUUCUUGUCAUUUCUGCACGAAAAGGUGAAUUCGAAACUGGGUUCGAAAAAGGAGGCCAGACACAAGAACACGCUAUGCUCAUUAAGACGACCGGCGCUAAAGAAGUCGUUGUUGCGGUGAACAAGAUGGACGAUGUUACUGUCGAAUGGGCAGAGGAACGGUACAAGGAAAUCGAAACAAAACUCAAGCCCUUCCUCAAGAAGAAAAUGGGUCUCGAUUCAACCUUCUUGCCAAUAUCAGCUCAAACAGGUAUUGGUGUCAAAGAACGCAUACCUAAAGACGUUGCCCCAUGGCACGAGGGACCGUCACUCCUAGAAUUCCUUGACAACAUGAAGAAAAUCGCAAGAAACUUGAAUGCUCCAUUCAUGAUGCCUGUGGGUGCCAAAUACCGUGACCUAGGAACUAUGAUUGAGGGACGAAUCGAGGCCGGUGUCGUCCAAAAGACCUCAAGCUUGACCAUGAUGCCAAAUCGCGAGCAGAUUAGCAUUUCUGCUUUGUACGGCGAAACGGAAGAAGAAAUUCCUCACGCUACUUGCGGAGAACAAGUGCGAAUGAGAAUUCGAGGUAUCGAAGAGGAGGAUAUCAUGCCCGGCUUCGUGUUGUGCUCGCCGAAGAGACUGGUACAUUGUGUUUCUGCUUUUGAAGCUCAGAUCAAUAUCGUGGAACUUAGAUCAAUCUUGUCGGCCGGCUUCAAUUGUGUCGUACACGUUCACGCGGCUACUGAAGAAGUCACUUUUGAAGCGCUGUUGCACAAGUUGGAACCAAAAACUGGUCGAAAGAGCAAGAAACCGCCGCCAUUCGCGUCAAAGGGCAUGGCUAUCAUCGCUCGAAUGAGAGUAACGAGCGGUGGUGGAAAGAUUUGUGUCGAAAGAUUCGAGGACUAUCCUCAACUUGGCAGAUUUACACUUCGUGAUCAAGGACAGACUAUUGCUGUCGGCAAGAUUACUAAGCUGCUCCUCGACGAAGAGUGA